AUUAAUUCCGAAUAAUUUACAAAAAGUAUGUAGGCUUAGAGCUUAUAAACGGGAACUCCAGCCAAAACAGCGAGAGAUCCUUGUGCUGAGUUCAACAGAGAAGAUAUCCUUUCCUUACUGGAAAUAUGAAGACUAUACUAUCAGUGUUUGGAUUCCUCAUGGUGGCGAUGGCUUUGGCUUCGUCGGAUGAAGUUGAGGAUGACGACGACGGUCCAGUUUACUACUACACAUCACCCAUACUGCCCCUGGUUCACCGCGGCACGCCCACCUACCAGGCUCACUAUAUCUCGCUUCUCCCGUUCUAUUCCCACGUCGCGACUCAAGACCAGGGGGCGCCGGGGACUCUGAGGCUAUACAACCCAGCAGAAGACAUUGAUGUAAAUCCAGAAAUCGAUCCCUCCUUUUACAUCCCGUAUAUCAUCG